CCCUGCCCGCGCACCCACCUGUCCCGGGGAUCGAUCCAGCUGGUCUGCUUGGUGUUGUGGUCGAUGUAGAAGACUUUGCCGUCGUAAUCCCUCGCCUCCUCCCAGCCAUCGGAAGCACAAGUGGAGAAUACAUGCACACACCGUUUGUGCCCUGAACUCCCCUGGCCUAAAAAGCAGGCAGCUAAGUCGCAUUAAGUUUAGAAACCAGGUGUGAAUUACUGUGCGUUUAUCUCGCAUUUGCCACAGGAGAAGAGUACUCCAGGCUGGUUACCAUGGUUCAGCUGAUAGAAGGUGGCUUUCAUAGGACAUAAUCUCAAGAGAAAUUCAGCAGGGAGCUAUCAGAAUGGCCUCAGAUUUUUUGCUGUUUCGGCAAUGAAGUAUCCUGCAAAAAAAGAGAGGAUUAUUUGGAAUGGCCUGAAUAUUUUAUGGCAGUAGCUUUUUUGUCAGCACAAAGAAGCAAGGAUCCAAGUUCUCAGGUUGGUGCCUGCAUUGUAAAUUCAGAAAACAAGAUUGUUGGAAUUGGAUACAAUGGGAUGCCUAAUGGCUGCAGCGAUGAUGUACUACCCUGGACAAGAACAGCAGCACAUAGACUGGACACGAAAUAUCCUUAUGUGUGCCACGCCGAAUUGAAUGCAAUCAUGAACAAAAACUCAGCUGAUGUGAAAGGCUGCAGCAUGUAUGUUGCCUUAUUUCCAUGUAAUGAAUGUGCAAAGCUCAUCAUCCAGGCAGGAAUAAAGGAAGUUAUUUUUAUGUCUGACAAGUAUCAUGACACUACGGAAAUGACAGCUGCACGGCGGAUGUUUGAUCUAGCAGGUAUUAUAUACAGGGAAUUCAAGCCAAAGUGUAACAAGAUCAUCAUCGACUUUGAUUCAAUUAACAGCAGACCAAGUCAAAAGCUUCUGUGAAUUAAGUCUCAUUAAGUCUCUAGAAGAGUGUGAUUAUCCUUUUCUAAAAAGCUGCUAAUGCCUUUCAUCUUGAAGUUACUUGCAACUUUUUAAUGGCUUCUGUAGCUAAAGUAGACUUCUAAGAAAUCCAAGGCAUAAAAUGUCCCACUCACUUCAUCUUGUCAUGUGGAAUCUAAAUCUACUUAAAAUUUUUUAAUGCCAAAACUGCUUAAAAAGUCUAGAGACAUGUAGAUGAGACAAUAUAAUGUAUGUAAAGAAAACUGUUCAGAUUCUUGCUGUAUUCAUCACCACAUGCUCUGAUAGGCUGUCAGCAUUGAUUUAGACUCAGUUUAACAGUAGUACUUAUUGUAACCAGUCGUACAUUGGAAUACGCUAAUAUAUGUUGAUCUCUCUACUGGAUAUGUGGAUCUAAGUAGUUGAUCCUAAUAAAGGACAAAAAAUGUUAUCCAUGCAAAUACUAAUCUUCCAACUAGCAUAACACUAAUAUUUAAAAGGUUAUACAGCUUUAAGAAUGUGUGAUAUUCUGCAUGUGUUAUCCAACAAAUGAAAUACUGAUUUUUCUUUAAUUGCUAUCUAACACUGUCAUACAUGGGGAGGGGUGAGAGAGGAAGUUGUUCUGAGAAUGGUCCAUGCUGGACCAAGCUUUACAGGUGCUUUCAAGUCCUUGUUUUCCCCAAGACUCCAGAAUUGGUGGGGGUUGAGGGACUAAAUCAUUUGGCUCUUUACCUUUGGGACUCUUACUUGGAGUUGGUUUUCAUGUGUAGAAGGAAAUUAUUUUAUUGGUGUAAGCUGUUUCUAGGCAAUCCAACAUAUCUCAGUCUUAAAAUCUACCUGUAAGGUAACUGAAUCAUUUUUUGUCCUUUGAGAGAAAUUGGAGAUAGUCAACCCAUAUCCAUAUCUGUGCCAAAAGAGGUAAUUAUGGUAUUAGCUUGUUUCCCAGUGCUGGCAUAGUACCUUCAUUUUCAUAAAUGUUGCCUAAAAUAAUACCCUUUUUAAUUUUAUCUUGAGAUCUGGGAAUAGAUUUGAGUUCCUUUUCUCUAAUUUGAUUUUUUAAAAUUAAAUAUACCUAAUGGCUUUGUUUAGAUAACAUUGGUAGUUGUUUUGUUUUUUGUUUUGGUUUUUUUUUAAUGUGGUUAUACUUCAGUGAGCUUUUAUUUUCUCUAUAAAAGCUUUGUUUCAUGUUUUGGGACAUUAUGUAAUUUGGCUUCAUACCAGUAUUAUUAAAGUCUUACUAAAAUCCA